CUCCUAGCCAGAAAGAAUUGAAUGAGAUUGUGAUCUGCCAACCCGAACCCAAGUUCUUUAAUAGCUACUCUGCACUGACGUAUACUAUUGACAGCGAGUGACUGGACAUGUAACCAUGAAUACUAGUAUUGUGGAACAGAGUAUCGCCGAACAGCAGGCUCAGAGAUUUGGCAGGUUCGGUGAGGUUCGACAAGUUGUAAAUGAUUUUGAUUCGUACGAGGAUCGUGAUGCACCGGCCGAGGGCGCGUCUCUGGAUGUGCCAAUUGCCAGCGAUAACAAGGGAUACCGUCUGCUGACCCUCAUGGGCUGGAAAAGUGGCUGCGGCCUUGGAAAAAGCAACCAGGGACGGACCGAGCCCAUUCCUCUUACAAACAAACAGGAUGGCAUGGGUCUUGGUCGCAUGACAGUCGAGCUGACGGUUGCGCAUGAUGUCACUGAGAAGCGACGGCAGCUGGAGAUCGAGAAAGAAGACACUCCUGAGCUUAUCCAGCGCUACAUGGACAACAUAGAGCGUGAGCAACAUAUUGCCGAGUCGACAGCUGACCUGCGCCAGACCUACUACUGUGAAUCGUGUGACAAGCAGUACAAGACCUACUCGGAGUACGACAACCACGUCAACUCCUAUGACCAUGCUCAUCGUCUGCGUCUGAAGGAACUGCGAGAGCGGGACUUCAAUCGAAAGAUGUCAGUUCAUCGCAAGAAGAAGAAAGGUGACAAGGAGAAGGAUCGUGACAGUCUAGAGCAGCAGAAGAUGAUUGCGCUGGAGAGAGCUCAGAUGAGCAUCAAUCGCCUUGCUGGAAAAUCGUUGGGUGGCUUCACUACAGCAAUACCUGUUAGUACUGAUGCUCGUGCCAAUGCCGAUGAUACCGACAGUGACAGCGGGCUGCGAGGUAGCUUGCAGGCAUCUCCUAGUUCUGUUUCGCCAUCAUCUGGAUUCAAGUCACUUGAGCACAAUGGGCGACAGUCACCGACAUCCACAGGAGGGUGGGGCAAUGCAACAGAUGAUAAGCCAAAGACAACAGCCUCGCCGUACGCAUCUCAGCCGUCAUCCAAUGUGCUGGGAAAGUUGAACUUCAAGCUUAUGUCAUUCAGUUCUUCAUCACCUGCCAGCAACCCACUACCACCCCUUCCAGCUGGUGCAAGAGAGCCUGCUAAACCCCCAUUACCGCCACCAUCGUCAAGAACCUUUCCACUGGGGCACAAACAAUCUCAACCACCUCCACCACCGCCAUCUUCGGCGUAUCUUCCUCCACCUCCUCCACUACCAUCAGCACCAGCACCUCCACUGCCUCCUGAUGAUCCCCCAGCUCCGCUACCACAGGCACCUCCUCCUCCUGCCGCUCCUUCUUUGUCGUUUGGCUUCAACAAGAAGAACACCUCGGCACCCGGUGGUCCCGCAAAGCCGGCACUUGGCUUUGCCAAGAAGCCUCUCGCUGGCAUGGUCAGCCGUAACAAGAUGGUGGCAAAGAGUAGUGCGUUCGGUGAAGAUGAUGAUGACGAGGAUGAUCAGUCCGGAGAGGUUGCUCCAGCACUCCGUGGCAAGUUCAUUUCCGGAUCAAGCAGUCGCUGGUGAAUACAGGCGCUUUCAUCAAGACGUGGUGGUGAUUGGAAUUCGUCAGCGAUUCCUGUCCGAUUUACAGCAUCGGUCUAUCUGUUGCGUCUGGGUCAGAGUAGUCAUCACCAAUUUGCACCAGCUGCUUGUACAUUAUCUCGAAGGAUGGCCGGUCUUCAGCCUCCUGCAUGCGGCAUACGGCCAGAAAUCGUAAUGAGAACAGUCCCCACCCUAAUUUUCGAUCACAGUGUUUCUCUAUGGUAUUUUUCUGCACGUUGAAAACUUAUGUUUACGCCUAAGUUGUUUCAAUGUUACUUGUACAUGUGCCCAAGCUGAGUAGGUACUACAUGCAUGUACAUGCAUCUGCAGGCAACAUCAGAAGAAAUCAUCAGACAAAUUUUAUUUUAUUUCUUCUGAAAGGUUUGAAGAAAAAACCUAGAAAAUCA